CGACCAACACCACACAACCACACCCACAACCACCCAACAACCACCCAACAUCUCCUUCAAACCCAAACCCGCCCCUUCCUCUCCUCCCUCCUCCCCGGCUCCUCCUCCUCCAACAACUCCUCCAACAGCAACAAACGCCACGUCACCGCAACCCGCACCCUCCCCUACCCCCCAGCCCCAUUAUUCCAAAUAAUCUCCUCCGUGGAAUCCUACUCAUCCUUCCUCCCCUUCCUAACCGCCUCAACCGUGACCCACCGCGACGCGACCACCAACCUCCCCACCCGCGCAUUCCUCACAGUCGGGUACGGACCGCUCAGCGAGACCUUCACGUCGAAGGUAACCUGCGACGAGAAGAACUAUAUCGUGGAGGCGAAGAGCGGGGCGGAGUUUGGGAUCGCCACUAAGGAGGGGCAGGAUGGGUUGGGGUUUCCGGGUGCGGAUGAGGGGAUUUUUGAGUAUUUGAGUACGAGGUGGGAGUUGAAUGAAGUUAAAAAAGAGGAUGGAAGUGGGGAUGGGACGGAGGUCAAGUUGGAUAUUCGGUUUGAGUUUCGGAGUCAGUUGCAUGCUAUGUUGAUGGGGAAGGUGGAGGGGGAGAUGGCCGGGGUUAUGAUUCAGGCUUUUGAGAGGAGGAUUAGGAGUGUUUUG